GCCAGGCUUUCCUCCUAGCCCGGGCCCCGCCCCGACCCAGCUCCGGGAGCCUCCGGGUGCCUCCUGCGGCCCGGGGUAGCGUGGGGCGCGGAGGCGGUGGGAUCGGCUUCCUGCCUCCAGGGGGCAGCGACCGCGGACCGAUCCCUGCGUGACCAGCUUGGCGCCCGCGCCGCUCUCCCUGUCGCUGGACGUGGCGGGCCGACCAGCGGGCGGCCACGGUCGGCGGUCGCCAUUCCCGUGUCGCUGCGCCCGCGGGGGCCGCCCGAGUCGGCCACGAUGCCACUGGGCCUGAAGCCCACCUGCAGCGUCUGCAAGACCACGUCGUCUUCCAUGUGGAAGAAAGGCAGACAGAGUAAGCAGGAAAUUCACAGGAGGUCUGCUCGGCUCAGAAACACUAAAUACAAAUCGGCUCCAGCUGCUGAAAAGAAAGUUUCCACUAAAGGAAAAGGGAGAAGACAUAUUUUUAAGUUAAAAAAUCCCAUCAAAGCUCCUGAGUCAGUUUCCACAAUAAUCACUGCAGAAUCAAUCUUCUACAAGGGAGUAUAUUACCAAAUUGGAGAUGUUGUUUCUGUGAUUGAUGAACAAGAUGGAAAACCCUACUAUGCUCAGAUCAGGGGUUUUAUCCAGGACCAGUACUGUGAGAAGAGCGCAGCACUGACAUGGCUCAUUCCCACUCUUUCUAGCCCCAGGGACCAGUUUGAUCCUGCAUCCUACAUCAUAGGACCAGAGGAGGAUCUUCCAAGGAAGAUGGAAUACUUGGAAUUUGUUUGUCAUGCACCCUCUGAAUAUUUCAAGUCACGUUCAUCACCAUUUCCCACAGUUCCUACCAGACCAGAGAAGGGCUAUAUAUGGACUCAUGUUGGACCUACUCCUGCAAUAACUAUUAAAGAAACAGUUGCCAACCAUUUAUAGUUUAAAAAGUAAAACUGGAUUUCCAGUUAUCUUCUAUUCAUACCACUAUAAGAUAUGCCCAUGUUAGAAUGUAAUUCUUAGAUGGAAAAACAAAAAAGUUUUUUCCCUACUACCCAGUAAUCAUUUUACUAGUUACUUGGAAAACUAAAAAGGAUAGAAAAUAAUUAAAUAUAUUUUUAAGUAAAUUGUUACAUCCUGUAGGUGUAUUUUCCCAGACAAGGGCUGGAAUGUCCAAGGAAACCAUCAGGAACGUAGUGUUUUUCUCCAUAAUUUAUUUCUAGAAACUUGAGUCCAUUUUAUAUUUUGCUAUAAGAACAAAGUAUUAAUUAAAGUUUGGAUUUCUGGCCAAGGAUUGAACCAAAUGUAGCUAAGACCAAGAAAAUGCUAUGGCAGACUGUUGACUUCUUUAACCUAAAGGAAAAUGGUGGAUAAUUUUAUUAGCCCAGGCCUUUUAAAACUUUCAUCUAAAAAAUAAUUAAUUUAAAAUUUUUUUCAUCUAAUUCUUCUGUAGCAAACAGAUUCAAAAUCAUUUUGUUGAUCUUAAUAUCACUGUUCUCGCCGACCUUCUCAGUCAAAACAAGGCUUCCAAUCAAACCAUAAAAUCUUGUAGUGCAGUCAGCUUCAUCAAACAUAUACUCUUCAUGUUUUAAAAAGGAUUUCAUUUGGUGGUUUCUUGGCUGCUUUAGAACAACCACUGAGCAGUCAUAAAAAUGAUUAUUAGUCAACUAUAAUUAAAAAAUAAAUGUAAAAAAAUGGUUUAAAAUUUUUUUUAAGUGGUUAAUAGAUUAUUAGCAUUGACAUAGUUUAAAAAGUCUGCCCCAAAGUUAAACCACUUGCUAUGAACUCACAAUAAUAGGCCUGAAACAGUGCCUUGCACUUGGAAGGCCUGUUGUAUAUGAAAUUGUCCAGAAUUCAAGUACAGGUUUACUUCAAGUGCAAGUCAGCCAAGUAAGGGAGCAACAUUGUGAAAACAGGAAGAAGUGUAGAUUGCACACACUUGCCUCCUCUCCUGACUUAACUAGUAUUUUCAACCCCAGAAACAUUGUCAGAAUCUAAUUUAAUCAUAAUGAUUUUGUGUUGUAGCACCUUUAACUAUUACCCUUUUCUACAGUUAUGGUUCGUGUGUUGGAAAUAAGCAACUAUCGAUAGUUCUAUGUACAUAGUUAGCUCUCUGUAUAUAGUUAUCUCUCUGUUCACAGUAAUGACAGUAAAAUUGAUUGUAAAUACCAUUGUAAAAAGCUGUCUAAAUGCUAAUCAAACUUUUGGAUUAAAAUGUAUUUUUCACAAUGUA